AUGGGAGCUGAAGCUAUUAUCAAAAAUAUGAUUUUUGGGAUUACGGUAGGUUCGAAAUCGUGUUGAGACCCAAAGUACAGUAAUCGGUAGAUCAAGAGCUUCGUUUUGAGACCAAACACGCCUGGGGUUACUGUAGAUAAUUACAAAAAUUCUAAUUUUCGCGCCAAAACAGAGUAUAUCAAAAUUCCGGGAAUGUCCUUUUAAAUCCAGCUACAGUAUCCCAUGUUCAUUUAGAAUACUGUAGAUUGCUGCGAGACCCCGAGAAGAUCACCAAACAAGCCUUCGAGCGCGCUAGCGCGAGUGUAGAUCAAAAUUCCGCGUGAGCGGCUCGAGCGGAGCGAGUGUGUGUCGCUUUAAACUCUGAAAAAUCGUGGCGGGACCCAAAGUACUGUAUCCGGUAGAUCAAGAGCUUCAUUUUGAUACCAAAUGUCCCUUUAAAUACAUCUACAGUACACCAUGUUCCUUCAAAGUACUGUAGAUCGUUGCGAGACCCAGAGAGGAUCAUUUUAAGUCGAGCGGCUCGAGCGGAGCGAGUGUGUGUCCCUUUAAAUCUAGCUGGAUCGCUGCGGGACUCAAAAUACAGUAACCUCUAGAUCAAGAGCUUCAUUUUGAAACCAAAUAAGCCUAUGUCCCUUUAAAGGCACCUACAGUACCCCCAAAUUUUUUUUGCAGAUCGCAAAUGUGGCAGUAUUUCUAGAAACCAUGACACCAAUUCCCAAAAUCAAGCCAUUUGAUCUAUUUGGCCUUUAUGGAACUGCAAUCGGUUUCACGGCAUUUUCCACAAUUAUCUGGUGUAUUGUUGCGGUAAUCGCUUGCGUCUCGCGAUUUUCGCAAAAAGUUUCCGCGUUGAUCAAAAUUAUAUUCGUGGCGGUCGCCGCCGCGUCACUUUUCAUCGCCGACAUUUUGUUUUUGAGCUAUGCGCUGUCUGCUGAAACUACGCUGAAAUUUGGACCGCUCAGGGUUAAUUUGUAUGCUAUUGUGGUGAGUUUUGAAGAGAAAUUUGAAAAAUUUGACAGCAAACACGCUAUAGAAACUAAAAAAAACAUUUUUCCCGCCAAAAAUAAAAUCCCGGCGGGAAAAUCAAAAAUUCAAAUUUUUCCAGACCGCUCUCGGCAUACUUUUUCUUUAUUCAAUGCUAGUUAUCGGAUUGUUGUUCAUCAAAAGAAAAGAUAAAUCUGAAGAUGAUGAAUAA